AUGGACGAGCAAAUAUCCACCUUCUGCGCCUUCACGUCGGGCACCGCCGAGCAAGCACAGCGCUUCCUCACGCUCACCGACGGCAAUGUCGAGCAGGCCGUUGAGCUCUUCUUCAGCAGUCCAGAUCUCGGCGCAGCCGUAAAUCCACCCCCAGCACCAGCACAGCAACCAUCGAGUCGCGACGCCCCCAUCACUAUUGAUGAUGACGAGGUAGAGGACUUCGAUGAUGACGAUGUGCAAGAGACGGGCAGCAGACAGGCGCAGACCGGUCCCUCGGUGGAGGAUGACGCUGCGAUGGCACGGCGGUUGCAAGAGGAGAUGUAUGGAGGUGGAGGCAGCAGCAGAGGAGCGGCGGGCGGCGACUUUGACGAGGAGGGUGUCAGAGCACCCAUGGCGAGGACCACGGAGACACUGGUGGGACCUGGCAGCAGCGACUGGCGGACAGAUCCCGGCGAGAUGAACUCUGCUAUAGCACAGCAGCUCUUCGAGCGACAGCAGCGACGUGCUCAGCCAGGCAUCUUCAACCAGAACACUUCCCGGUCCAUUUGGUCGAGCGACGACCCCUCGAAUCCAGAAGCCCACCGGCAAGUCCUCUCGCGUGCUACUGGCGGCGCCUCAGAGCAGACUGCGAAAACCAACCACCUCGCCGACCUCUUCAGACCACCUUUCGACCUGAUUUCGAACAUGGGCUGGUCAGACGCACGGGAGGAGGGCAAGGAGGAGCAGAAGUGGAUAUUGGUCAACGUGCAGGACCCCUCCAUCUUCGACUGCCAGGUUCUGAACCGCGACAUCUGGAAGAAUGAGUCGAUCCGCGAUACGAUCAAGGAGCACUUCAUCUUCUUGCAGUUCAACAAGGAUGACCCUCGGGGUCGGGAGUACAUCCAAUACUACCUCAGCACGAUGCGCGACUCGGACGACGCCUACCCGCAUAUCGCUAUCGUUGACCCACGGACGGGUGAGCAAGUCAAAGUCUGGUCGGGCUCGCCAGCACCGAAAGCUGCCGACUUCCUCAUGGAUCUCCACGAGUUCCUCGACCGGUACAGCUUGAACAUGGAGAAGAAGAACCCAGUGCAAAAGCAGCGGAAAGAGAGCAAGAAGGACGUGGGACAAAUGAGCGAAGAGGAGAUGCUCGAGAUGGCUCUGCAGAACAGCCUCGCGAAUGGCUCUGCAAGUCUCAAAGAUGAGGAUCCAGACGCUCUCACGAAGUCGGUAGACAACAUCAACGGCAAGGGUAAGGCCCCAGUAGGCGCCGAGUCAUCGAUGGAAGUCGAUCAACCACAAGAAGACACACCAUUCUCCCGCAUCGCCUCCGACAAACCCCACGAGGAAGCAGCAGCAACAGCACCCAACACAACCCGAAUCCAAUUCCGCUACUCAGGUGGCCGCGUAGUCCGCCGAUUCGCCCUUACAGACCCCGUCCGCCGUCUCUACGAAUGGCUCAAAGCCACACCGAUGGAGGGCAUGCCAGCAGGUGCGCCUUUCGAGAUGAUCUUCAUGGGCAAGAACCUUAUGGAUGGGGAACUACUGGACAAAUCCAUCGAGGAGGCUGGGCUGAAGAAUGGCAGUGUCAUGGUGGAGUUUACCGAGGAUUGA